AUGUAAAACAUGCUGUUUUAAAAUCCAUAAGAUGAAGCCAUUCUUUCUGAAAGAAAUGAGUAAGAAUAAUUUUAAAGUGAUCUUUCGAAUGAUGACUAAGAUUCAAAUGAUGAAAUUGAUAAUGAGGAAGAAUAAGAAAUGAAUCCUAAGGAGUCUUAAACCCCCACAUAUUAAGAAUAAUAAAUUAUAAAGGAUGAAGCUAAGAAAAAAGAUGUAAUAAUAAAAUAAAUUUAGAUAAAAGAGACAUGUCUUGAAAAAAUCAAAGCUUAUAUUGGAUUUGGUCAUAGAGAUUUAAUUAUAAAUGAAAAGAUUGGAUCAAUAUUUUUUUUACCGAUUUCUUCAAAAUGGAGAUUGAAAGUAUAAGUAACUGUUGCUUAAAUAAUAAUUGCCUUAACUUCUUUAUCUUUAUUUAUUGGGGUUUAAUAAUUAGGUUCACGUAUAUUAUUUGAUACAGUCUAAUAAUGGACUAAGAAUAGUGUUUCAAUGUUAUUAUAAAAAUAAAUUUGCGAGAUCACAGUAGAUUUUGUUUAACUUUUAAUUAGCAAUAGAGAGAAUGAAAUAUAAAUGGUUGAUGUUACAUUAAAUUUAAUUUAAUCUGGAACUUUAAAAUAUAAUGGUAUUCUAUAUGAUAUGAAUGAUUAAAUUCCAAAUUCAACCAAAAAGUAUCUUCCAGAUACAGGUAUAAUAGAUUAAUAUACUUUAACUGUUGCUACUUUUAGUCUUCUAUCUGAUUAGUAAAUACCUGAAAGUAAAAUUAGAACAUAUUUAUCAAUUAAUAACAUAAUGUAUUUUAAUUAUCAAAAUAUGGGGUCUACUUUUUUUUGGAUAUUUGAUGAUGGUUUCAUGAUGCAAUAUCCAGGAAUAAAUGUAACAGAUAAUAAAUAAUUUAAUGAAUAUCGAUUAAAUAUGUAUAAUAGUAGAAGGAAUUUAUCAGAUAUUCCCCUUGAACACGCUUAUGAUCCAGUUUUAAAUUAAAAUUUACAAAGAGAAGUAUUACCUAUAACUGAUUUCAAUAAUACAAAAAUUGGUCUAAUCUUUUGUGAAAGGCGACCUUUUACCUUAUAUAUGCUAUUUUAUUCUUUGACCAUUAACUAUCAAUAUAAUUAUACUCUUUUUUUACUUACACCUGAAAAUGACAUACUCUAUUAUGAAAAACAGGAAUAUGAAAUUAAUAUAGAUGAAUUUUAAUAUGCUCUUAAAACUAUGAAUAAAGAUGAUUCUUUAUUAAUAAAAAUUAAUUUUUAAUAAUAUUUAAAAGAUUCAGCUAGUGUUGCAUCGUACAUAGAAUUUUAUGAAGGAGAUUUAUCAAAUUAAAAAUUUAUGUUGGCAUACGUUAAUUAUUCUGGGCUCCUCUUAGGAAUGUAAGUUUUGAUUUAAACUAAAUAGUUAUUAACCAUCUUACAUACCUAAUGAAGAAAUUAAACUUUAGGAAUAAAAUUAUCAUCUUAAAAAAGAUAGUUAUAAUAAUAAAUUAACACCAAUAGCCUUAGCCAUACCCUUUUUAUACAUUAUUAUUUGUGUUUUUUAUAUGGUUAGAUAGAUUAAGCCUCUUCAAAAAAUAACUGAAUAUGCAGACUAAUUAUUAAAGAAGUCUUAAAAAUAUGAUGAAAAAUAUUUUAAUCCGACAACUGCAGAAGAUCCUAUCUAAAAAUUAACAUCAUUAAUAGCAAGCUUAAUUGGAAAUUUAAACAAAUCAAAAUAAUUGAAAAAAUAAGAAAUUAUUGAAUUCUAUAAUAAGUAAACCUAUCCAAUCAACUAAAAAGCAAGAGAUGUUUCUCCUAUAAUACAUGAAGUCAAAAAAAUUUAAUUAGAAAAGAUUGUUAAAGAUCCUGAAGUAAUGUAAUUUCCUAAUUUAGAUGAUUGA